AUGUCCCUCUCCGACCACACCGAGAAGCUCACCCGCUCGCUCGAGCAGGCCAAGCUCGUGCCCGGGUCGGCCGAGUCGCUGAUCCCUGCCGGGUUCGCGCCGACGACCAAGCUCGAGGUGUCGUUCGCGGGCAAGACGGUGGACGCGGGCAACUUCUUCCGCGCGGGCGAGUGCAAGGUGGUGCCGAGCGUGUCGUUCGGCGCCGAGGCCGGGGCCAGCUCGGGCGCGUCCUACACGCUCUUCCUGACGGACCCGGACGCGCCGACGCCCGACAACCCGCAGUUCGCCUUCUGGAGGCACUGGGUGCUGCCGGGGCUGCAGCCCCUCAGCGGGGACGCGGCGGUCGCGCAGACGAAGCCGGCGCUGACCGAGUUCCUCGGACCCGGACCCAAGGACGACUCGAAGCCGCACCGCUACCUCUUCCUGCUCUACCGGGAGCCCGAGGGCCUGGAUCUCAAGAAGGAGGACGUUGGCGGGGAGGAGUUUGUGCAGAGGCGGUCGUGGAAGCCGGCCGAGUUCGCCGAGAAACACGGUCUGAAGCUGGUCGCCGCCAACUGGAUGACGUGCGCCGGUGACGGCUGGACCGAGUGA